AAACGUACGAGACAGGAGCUCUCUCACCCCCCUGUGAUUAUUAUUAUUAUUAUUAUUAUUCCCCACUCGUAGAUCACAUUGGUGUGUGCAUGGAAUGGACGCCACCAUUUCUCCCUGCAACUCGGACGGACUCUGCGAGACUCAUUUUUAACUAUUUUCCUACCCUCCCGCUUUCAAGUCAGCAGAAUGGCUGAGCAUGAGGCUGAAUCUCCCGGAGAACUAAAUACAUUAUUACUAUUUUUAUAGCCAACAUUGGCUUUUUUUCGGAAUAUUUCACCCAUCCGAAAGGACUAUUUCUUUUACCAACUUCCCAUUUGUGGAUAAUGGAUGGCAGAGAUUUUGGAGGACCCCGAUCCGUCCACGUACCACCCCCGUUGUUGGCCGGGCUCGCCGUGGAGCCUCAUCACCGACUCGGCGCUGCUGCAGCAGCCGGGAGGCUCCCUCCCUCCGCCGGCCACUUGACCGCGACCCACCCGCCAUCGCUCCACUCUGGAAAAUUCCUGCCAUCAGCCAUUAACCUGCAUGCACACCACAGUGAUGCCUUCCCCACAGGAUCCAAUCCCUUCCUGUCAGGUUAUCAGGGCCCCUCCCCCUUGACCUCUGAACCUGCGUACAGAUCAGCCAAUCCUAGUGGUCUGCAGAUGGCUCAGCUCUGGGCAUCUCACGCGCACGAAGGCUACCCUCUUCAUGGCAGCCUGUACUCCAGCCCCUACCUGUCAUUGGGACAUUUGGACCCUCCAGCCAUCUCCCAAAAUCACCUCUAUGACGCCCAUAAAGAGAGCUUUUUCCUGCCAGCUGCUAUUAGUCAGUCAUCCCUCCACCCUCCAUCUGCUCCCCCAAGGACAAUGUCCAGCUCGACACCGCCCCAAAAGGCAACCCGAGACCGGUCGUACAGGGGAGACCAAGACAGGGACAGGGACAGAGAGCGAUCAAGAGAGGAGCUGCGACCGCAUGGCAUGGUGGACCUCACAUUGGACGGCAGGAGUGAGGAAGACCGCCGUACGCGUGUUGGGGAACGAGAGAAAGAGAGGGAAAGGGAGACUGAGCGAGAUGGUUGGUUGUUGCAUCCUCACCACCAUCAACAGAAAUCCCACUCUCAGCCCUCCACAGUGGAGCCCAGGUCUCGGCCGUCACCUACGCUGUCCUCCUUCCCCCCAGGUGGGGGCGGAGGCAUGGCCCGGCUCCUCGGACAAGAAUCGGACAGAGGGAGUCGGGAGGGGGCCCACCAUCACUCACAUAACGGAAACUCUAAUAACUCAAACUUGCUGACGUCCUCUCACUCAGAACGACAAAGGAAGAAUAACUCCACAUCAGCGGCGACACUCCCCCUCUCCUACACCCUCCCUCCCUCCGUUACUGCUUUGCCCCACCCCCACACGCCCAGAGAGUCCAUGAGAGAGCAAAGAGUCAGCGCACCGACAUAUGUGCCUUCUGUGGAGGUUUAUGACGAGCGGGUCGGGCCGAUCCAGAUCGCGUCGCAGGCUCGUGACAACAAGCACGGCGACAAACACAGAGAUCGGGAGCGUGACAAAGAGCUGGAACGGGAAGGCUACAGACUUCCUGAGAGGAGCCUGAUAGAACAUCCCCGUCUAGCCCAGUCUGGCGACUCAAGCAAUCAUCGAGAGGAAGGCUCUAUAAUCUGUUCCAACGGUUCUAUUGGCAAACGAGGCCUGGAGUCGUCUCACUCGUCCAAUCAAUCAAGGUUUAGCCCGGAGGCUCGGGACGUGUCCAAGCACUCAAGUCGUUUGGGUCUAGAGCGGGCUGGGGCGGAGCGAAAUUGGAAUUCGAUCAGUCCGUUGGCCAACUAUGCUACCAGUCACAUGGCCGCCCUCGCUGCCCAACACGGACACACACUCCCUUCCACACACAACCAGACGACACACACACAACUUUCCCAUUCCCCACAUCCAACCAAUCGACCCACCAGUAAUUCUCACUCACACAGACAUUCCCCUCAAACACACCCCACCGAACAUGGACAGAGCCGCAAGUGUGAGGAAGGAAGUCAGAGGCUCUACCUGGACCCGUCAGCCCUCUACCGACCUGGAGUGUCCAGUGGGGGAGCUGCUGAGGCGGCUUCUGGUCCCACAGAGAUUUCAGCCAUGCAGUCUCUCAUUAAAUACAGUGGGAAUUUUGCUGCUGAGGGUACCUCCUCUUCUUCCUCCUCAUCGUCGAGGCACACAGCAGACACCCGAGGGCCCUUCGGAGGUUUGGCUAGCAUCGGGACGGAAGAGCGGGAAAGAGAACGAGAACGGUUAUCUCUAGGAUCAAGCGGUACCGGGUCGCUGAGGGUCCCUCCGCAGCUGAAAAGAGAGCAGGAGCGGCCCGAUAGCGCCCGCUCCUUCGGCAGGGAGGCAGAGGGAGAGGUGCGCCACCCACCAGUUGGCAUUGCCGUCGCCGUGGCCAGACAGAGAGACAGCAGCAACAGUAAACAGACCAGUGGACCCUCAGACAAUCAGAGACCCCUGAUGCCAACGGCUAUUAAAGAUGAAGAACGAAGUGAAGAACGUGCUCGUCAUCAUGAGGACAGGAUGCUCGCUGGCCGAUUGGAACGUGAUGACAAACUGAUCAGAGACCCCAAAGAUCUGGCAGAUUUUGCCCAAUUGCACCCUCCCCUGCUUUCUAGCGGCUUGACACCCAGUAUGAUGACAACCAGCCUCAUGACCCCCAACCUUAUGGUGACUGGCGGGGCGGGGCGAUGGCAUCCUGACCCUUCAACUCUGACCUCUCACCCCUGGCUGCCUCGCCCUGGAGCCCCUUCAGUCUGGCUCUCCAGUUCACCAUACAGCUUGAGCUCUUCCUCCCUUCACCAAACGCUUUCCCCAGGCUAUCCACCAUCUCUGGGAGGCUCCCUACCCCCUUCCUACCAGUUUGUCAGAGACUCGCAGACUGGAAAGCUUGUGGUCAUCCCGACAGAACACCUGCCACACUAUGGAGGUGAUGCACUGGAGCGUGGGGCCCCUGUGUGGCCUGGGGUGUACGGUACAAGCACCUCCUUACAGCAUGCAGCCCAGCUUCAGCUCCUUUCCCAGCAGCAGAUGCUCCGACAACAAGAGCUGCUUAUGAUCCAGCAGCACACGGCACAAGUUCUUGAGCUGCAGAGGAACGCACAGCUUGUUGAACAUUUAAAGGCCAGUGAGCACCGGCCAGACACGGAUGACAAAUCAGACAAGAGAAACUCCGACUCCAAACUCCGUCCUCCCUCCACAUCUUCCCCGUGUCGCUCACCCGUCCCACAGCCUCGCAAGCUUCGCCCUCCGUCUCGCUCGUCGACCCCCUCCACGUCCUCCAUUACACCGCUUCCGCCGCUACGUUCGCCCUUGACCAACCUCAUGUCAGAGGAAGGUAGGCAGAGGGUGUCGUCUCACCCGCCCACACCCCUCCCUCACGCGCCUUCACCCCGGUCAGCCUCGCCGCCUCCGUCCUCACCGCGGCGACCUAAACAUGCCGAGUCUGCAGAGGGCGGGCAGGCGGAAAGGCGGGAGCGUGGAGAUGGACAUAAGCCUUCUUAUCAAGGCGUCUACCCAGACCUCCCCCCUGGUUACCCUUACCAAUCCAUUACUGCUCCUUUUGGGGCACCUUACCCUGCUUAUCACAACCCAGCACCAACCACAGCAAACACUGAAGUCCUUCCACACUGCCACUCUCACUCUUUGGACUUGCGCACCUCCUCGCCAUCAAACCGCAUCCACUCAAGGCUGCUAGACAUCAAACCCCAAAAACUUGCGACAAAGAAUGAGUCAUUCCUGAAACAGGAACCUAUUGUGGGAAAGCAUCAAACCGACUUGACAACAGAAGCCCUGCCUCCUCUACUGCGUAGCUGUAGCCCUGUUGGAGCCCGUCAGGAUAGAGGGAGCGAAGGGGUUUCCUUGAAGCUGCAAUCCAUACCUCAUCGGGUGGCCAGUCCACCACCUCAACAAAACAAGAGUCUGGAUGACGCUAUGACAAAAGAAAUAGGACAAAUCAAAACAGAGGCGUGUCAGGAGGCAUGUUCUUCUCCACUCAUUAGAGCUGAGCCCGAAGGUGUGGCACACACGCACCUAGAUUGUACACAAUACCCAUCAACCAUCACGGCGGAUCUGGAAGAACCCGGCAAGCCAAGCACAAGUGUUGUGUGUGAAUCUCAUCAACCAGCCACUCCAAAGACCUUGCAACACACUCCAAAUGUCACAGACGCUCCCGACACGUCCGACUUGCUACUACCACUGGCGGGUAGUUGUGAUGAUUCCAUGGCAGGGAUGCUCGCUCUGCUCACAGCCAGUGAGAUGGCUCAGGCAAGCCCCCUCUGUCAGACGGCAUCAACGCUUAACCCAGGAACUGAAAGCUCUGCAGACUGUAGCACGACAGGUCCUCUGGAGAUGGUGGCACUCGAGGGCAUGGCCCUGCUCAGCCAAAUGGCCCAGCGGGAGAUGGAGAACAUCAGCAAGGAGAAGGAUAUGGCAAUGGAGGGUCUGGACUGUCUUCUUGAGGCGAGCAGGCAGAUUUUACUGGAGGCAAUAGAGAAACAAUCCCACAUUGAUCUGCCCCGAACUCUCGAUCCCAACAAGAAGUACAGCUGGAGGCAGAGGAAGGAGGAACCGCUGUAUCGCAAAAUGUCUAUGGACGAGUUGGACGCGGUGGAGGUGGAAUACCGCUUUUGCCUGGCUGAGCUGCAGAAAACAUACAAGGAGAAGCAGAGGGAGAUGAGCAAGCUGCAGCGGCGCAGAGACAAACAUGAGCGGCAGGAGGAUGAGAGAAGAAGUCUAACUCGACGAGGCAGAGGUCGACCCAGAAAGAGGAAACACUUGGCCACACCCCCUAAACUAGACAGCAGGCUUGGAAAGGUGGGUAGGAUAGUGCAAUACUCGGAGGACUCUGAAACUGGGGAAGGACACAGAAAGAAGUUCCGCUUGUCGAGAGAGGACGAGGAGACGGAGAUAGGAAGUUCAGGGGCGAAGGUGAAAAAGAAGAAAAAGAAGAAGAGCUGGAACAACCAAGAGCCAUCCAGCAGUCAUGCUUUCGAGGGACUGAAGGUGAAACGCGGCCAUGUGUGCGAGCAGGAGCAGCUGGCCUCGGACCUCAACAGAGCGCUCUCGCUGUCGCAGCUCGACUCCCUCAGUGCAUCUCGCAAACUCACUUCCGGCUACAAAGGAGCGCGGCCCAGGGGACAGUCCACAGACAGCCAGGCCAAGGAGCGAGCCAUCCACUCGUCAUCGUCUAAAGGCAAACACAAGGCGGCCAUGAAGGCCUCAGAGGCCAUGCGGAAGGUGAAAGGUCUCAAGAAGAGCGCUUUGUUCUCCCCUGUGAGAUCAGAGAUCAGCAGCUGCUCUAACAACUCUGACUCGGAGGGUCACAAUUCUGCAAGAGGGGGCUGGCCCUCUCUGUCAGGGACACGUCCCCACGGCAACCUGACCCAGAAGAGACCCACUGUGUUGUCGCCAACCUCUGUGCCGCCCAGUGCCAAGUCCCAGAAGAAGAAGAAGAAACACAAGCACUUAUCCCUGCUGCUGGAAGAAGCGGGCCUCAGCUCCUCCGACGACUCGUUUGAUCAAGAAACUUCAGAAGAUGAUUAUGACGAUAAAGAGGAGUCUGAUUCGGAAGACUGCGAGGAGAGCGGCCUGGGUCUGUUGGCCAGGUUCGCGGCCAGCGCGCUCCCCGUCAGGUCCGCCCCCUUGACCCUUCUUCCUGAUGGCAAACAUCGCAGCCGGCAAAGCACUCUGGGUUCAUCCGAAUGCGAGUGGUCCGACUCCGGCUCCGACUUGCGCUUGAGAAAGUUCCCCUCUCUGCUGCACGGCAAACGCUCGGCGCCAGAACUCCCCCUGUUGCCUCCGGCGACCCGCCGCCUUGACCAGAGCAGCCCGACCAAGCGAGACGACGCGCUGCCCAUCAAGCGCAAGCAUCUUCCUACCAAACCGCGUCCCUUGCUCCAGUCGCCGCGGCGCUUCAGCUUCGACCUAGCGACCGCUUCCGGCUUCGGGGGCUUCAGCGAGGACGAGGCCUGGAACCGGCGACGCAGCGAGAGGAUCUUCCUCCACGAUGCCACCGCCUCGGCCAACCAGAUGUCGGUGUCAAACUCCGCUUCCGCCAGUCAGAACUCGGCCCAGCCUCUCAUCUCGAAGCCCGCCUCUCGACCCAAACAGUCUCCGCCCAUCAGAGAGGGAAAAGAUGCAGUGAAACAGAAAAGGAGGGCCAAGGACUCCUCCUCGUCCUCUCUGCCUGUGAGCCCAGCCUCUUUGGGCAGUCCGAUGAGAGACGUCGCCGUGGCUCUAAGCCUCAGCCCAGCGCGGAAGAGCCAACCCAAAGCCAAGACCAAAGCCCGGGAGCCGUCCAGGGGUGCCGUGAGUCGGCUGAUGGAGAGCAUGGCGGCAGAUGAAGACUUUGAGCCCAAUCAGGACAGCAGCUUCAGCGAAGACGAGCUCCUUCCACAACGCCGUAACAGCCUGUCAGAGAAGUCCUCAGCGCCAGCUCCAGUGCAGUGUGUGUUGGACAAGGACUCUCUGGUGGAUGGACUCAGGGUUCUGAUCCCAAUGGACGACCAACUUCUAUACGCAGGACACGUCAACACAGUGCACUCACCUGAUAUAUACAGCGUGGUGGUGGAAGGCGAGAGAGGAAACCGGCCGCACAUCUACUGCUUGGAGCAACUGCUGCAGGAGGCUAUCAUCGACGUGAAGCCUCCAUCGGUGCGCUAUCUCCCCGAGGGCACCCGCAUCGCUGCCUACUGGAGUCAGCAGUACCGCUGCCUUUAUCCUGGCACGGUUGUCAACGGAAGUUCAGACAUCGAUGAGAAUGACGACCUCAUCACAGUGGAGUUUGAUGAUGGCGACACAGGGCGCAUUCCACUCUCCCACAUCCGACUUCUGCCUCCAGAUUACAAGAUCCACUGCGCUGAACCCUCACCUGCGCUGCUGGUGGCCAGCUGCUCUAGAAGAAGAGUGCGCAAAUGCAGCAAGGAGGGCAAAGAGGCGGGACCAAAGACGGAUGAAAGCGCUCCAAAGGCAAGAGGAAAACCCGGUCGCAAACCCAAACCCAAACCAGAAACCUCCUUAAACUCUGAUGUCAAAGACAAAAUAGAGUCCCCAUCUUCUAGCCAGCCUCCAGACAAAGCCCAGGAUGCCAGCAAACCAUCACAAGAGAGGACGUCCUCUGUCCAGAAGGCUGCUCAGGAGAAGCCUCGGCCUGCAUCACGGCCUGCAGUGGUGACCCAAGCAAAACUCAAGACCUCCAUCACGUCCCCUUCAAGCAGCCCCACCCUUCCUGCGCCAUUACCCAGAAAGCCCAGCUCAACUCCUGCUGCUAAAGCUCAAGCUAAGCUCUCUUCUUCUAUCUAUCCUUCCACCUAUGGAAAGGUUCUGACCGUGGACCUGUACAGCGAGCCCAAUCUAACGUCGUAUAACGGCCAGCGUAGAGACCGAGACAUCAGACCUAUGUCCAGACCCAGUAUGGCUCCAUCAUCUAGUACACCAAAGCCUAGUGGGACCUCAACUCCAAGGCCCGCCUCUACUCUAGCAUCCAAAACCAAGUCUGACCAUCACAGCAUCUCCAGACCCAUCGGUUCUGUCCUCCUCCCCAGUCCAGUGGCGAGGACUUCUCUGACUCCGAGACCUUCGUCAGCGUCCUCAAGUCCCUCCGGACACAAACGGAAGAUGUCCUCUGACCAGCUGUCCACCAUCUCCAGGCUCAAGUCCACCUCCAGGCAGAGGGACAUGGUGGUAAAACGGAAGCCCGUGUCUGCAGAGCCCCUCGUGAAGCUCGACCACGAGGGCGUGACCUCGCCAAAAACCAAGAAAACUAAGGCUCUGAUGUUGCUGGAAGGCCGGGGAGUCCAUCGCGAUCACAGCCCUGUGACUUGUGCCGAUCCGAAGAUGCUGAAGGCCAAACCCAGACAUCCGGAGCGGGAGAAAGAGUCCAACUAUGGCGCACAAAUGCUGGCUAUAGAGAGAGCUGAGAGUCGCAGUAGAGGACAGGAAAUUAGGGAGGAGAAAAGAGAGGAGGACAUGAGACAGGAGAGGACGAUGAAGGAGGAGUCUCAAAGUAGCAGCAGCAGCAGCAGCUCCGAGUCCGAGGAGGAAAGUGGCAAAGAAAAGUUGACUCAAAAGAAGAAAUGCACCUCCAGUUGCUCCUCCUCCUCUUCAUCCUGCUCUGGAUCAUCCUCCUCCUCGUCAUCCUCCUCCUCGUCCUCAUCUUCGUCCUCCUCGUCAACGGACGACUCCUCCUGCAGCUCCGACGAAGAGCGGACCCUUACCCCUCCUCCAGUCCCCGUUUCUCCUAAGCCUGCAGCGGAGGACAAGGUGAAAGAGGAGGUGCAAGAAGACGACGUGAAGGAGGAGGUGGAUGUCAAAGAGGAGGAGGUGGAGGAAGAAGAAGAGGAGGAGUCAUCUCCCGUUUCACGCUCCCCUUCACCAUCUCCGACUACUGCCACUCCGGUUAAGCCGGCCAAACCAGCCACCGGGAAGGGCUCGGGGCAAAGGGGGCGUCCUCCUAAACCGAAGCCUAGUGGAGGAGAAGGCAAAGUGGGCAGGCCCAAGCGCCGGGAGGGGGUCCACCUCCCCACCACCAAGGAGUUGGCCAAACGACAGAGGCUUCCCAGUGUGGAGAACAGACCCAAGAUUUCUGCUUUCCUUCCAGCCAGGCAGCUCUGGAAGUGGUUUGGGAAACCCACUCAGAGACGGGGAAUGAAGGGCAAGGCCAAGAAGCUCUUCUACAAGGCCAUCGUGCGCGGCCGGGAGAUGAUCCGAAUCGGCGACUGCGCUGUCUUCCUGUCCGCUGGAAGGCCCAACCUGCCCUUCAUUGGACGCAUCCAGAGCAUGUGGGAGUCCUGGGGCAGCAACAUGGUGGUCAGGGUCAACUGGUUCUACCAUCCAGAGGAGACCAACCCUGGCAAGAAACUCACAGACAAGAAGAAUUGGGAUCAAAUAUGUGGACAGUCCAUACCUGCUGCUCUGCACUCUUCUAUACAAAGAAAAGACUUCAUGGAGCGCGCCUUGUACCAGUCGUCCCACAGCGACGAGAACGACGUGCAAACCGUCAGUCACAAAUGUCUGGUGGUGGGUGUGGAGGAGUACGAGCAGAUGACCCACACGCGCCGCUACGCAGAGAGCGAGGACCUGUACUACCUGGCCGGCACCUACGAGCCCACCACCGGCAUGAUCUUCAACACGGAUGGCGUCCCCCUCAUCUGCUAAGAAAAACAAACCUCACAAAGGAGCAACCAAAAUGUGAGACGACUAGCAGUCAAAAUCCACUUCCUUCAAGGUUCAUUAGCGAGGAGACACUCUUCUAGGGGAUAGUAGUACAUAGAACAUUUGCACACACACACACACACACACACACACACACACACACAUUGGACUCUUAUGUAAAUACACGUUAACAGAAAGCUAUAUAGAGGCAAAUAUGAGUGUUUUAUUUUCAUGUCAUAGAUACGUCCGAGUACAGUCGAGAAGCUUUAACGAAAUGUGAACGGACGACACAGGCGGCGAGAGGCUGUUGUGAUGUUCCGAUGUUGCCGUGGUGAUGAUGUUACAAGUGCCGUCGGGGUCAUUUCAUUCGGUGUACAUUUAUCUUCUAGAGAACAGCAGGAGCGACAGACACAAAACAGAGGAAGCGAUGCACAGGACGACAAACAUAAUGGUAGACUCCCUCCAAUUUGCUGUCCAACAGAGAGCACUUAAAAACACAAAUCUAUAUAUAUUAUAUAUACAACACUUUAAUUUAACCCCUUAGCUCCCCUUGACAAUCUAAACUCAGGCAGGUUCAACUGUCUGCAACUUUCUCAGACACUCAGGCUGAACAGAGAGAGGAAGUCGUCUUGUACUUUUUGAAGCACUUGUACGUUCUUAAAGGAACAAAUCCACCCUGAGAUUGUUGUGUACGCCAACAAUUGUCUCACUAAAAUUGAGUAAACCAGGAAAAGUAAUGCGUAGAUAUUAGACUCAGAGUGGAUUUUUCCUAUUUCUCCCCCUGGUUGUGAACACAUCAUCAUCCUGUCCGUUGUGCGCCAUUUUUCAUGCAUCCAUCAUGUGGCUCCUUGUAGUAUUUCUCACACAAGAGUGACCUUUCAAUUACUUUCACAGGGGUGGGGGGGGGGGUCUUGUAUGUCUUCCUGGAGUUGUUAUGAUAGCCCCCCUCCCCGAGCUACAAAUAAGUCCCUAUUUUCAGGCUUUUUAGUCACUCCGCCUCCGUUGACUUGUGCCUAUUUUGACCGUUUCUAGGUUUCAACUGUUGAAUGUUGCGCUGAGGGCGCCUUAUAACCUUUUUUUUUUUUUUUUGCCAAAUCUUGAUGCUC